CUUAAAGGAACAUGCAUGUUUGCAAUUGACUGCUUAAAAGCGAACGGAACUCACUUAGGAACAUGCAUCGACAAAUUUUAUUUUGGAUCAUGUUGUCAGUUACAAGUCCCCGAAGAGGCAAUUUACCAGCAAGAGAUCGUUGAUAACAGUAUUGACAACAAUGUGGUUUCCAAUUUUCAGCACUAUUCUUCUCCUCAACUAGUGCCCGUAUCAACGAUUGCAGCUCCUGUUCAUCAACGAAGAAAUAUAACAGCUUCUGUACAAAGAGUGACUUUGCCAACAACUACAAAGAAAAAGCACACUCAAAAUGAUGUACGAGUGACAACUGAAAAUAUAAGACUAUCCACUUUUCAGCUAGUACAGGAAGCACGUGUAACAACUCCGACACCUACUAAAAUACAUACAAAACCUACAAAGGGAGCCACUAAAGCACCUGUUAAAGUGACCAAUACUACUACUAUAAAAACAACAAGUAAAACAAAACCAACUCAGACACCAACUCACAAACCAACGUCAACGACAUUGUCGGUCAAAACUACCCCUAAAAAGAAUAUUAACAGCAAAAUCACCAUUACAACAACCGUUGCCCCAACCACAAGCCAACGUAAAAAUAUUACUACGGUAAAUAGCUCUCUGCAUGAUAAAUGGUCAACAACUAGACGUACUCCUACACCUGUGAUAAAAAUUGAGACAUCUACGUUUGCUCCAUUAAAUCAGCAAACAACAACUACUAAAACUACUCCUAAAAGGACUACAACACAAAAGGUUACAGUUCACAAAAGGCCUUCAAUCAUAACGGGAAGCACAUCACAUCCAAUAACCAUGCCCUAUAGAAACUUGACAAAUCGAAAUCCAACAAAACCAACUUCUCCAACAAACAAAACUAGUGGUGCUUACAUGGAUGCAAAACCGAUAUAUAUCAACGUCACACAAACAAAGGCUCCAAGACCAAAGCCAAAACCAACGUCAGAAAUUACGAUAGUUCCUGCAACAUCGCUCAGUUAUAUAACACAAGAAACUGAGUUUACUACAAUGCAGUAUGUAUCAUCCAGUCGUGUCACUACGACACAACGUCCAUUGACCACAACGCUUUCUGAACUUAUUCGAAACAGUACUAGUUAUGUCACCAAUACAUCAUUUAAACCAACGCAGCGUCCAAUGAGUAGUACUACAGAGAGAACAGUCACACAAGUUUCUGAAAGCACUUCUGGAGUAAAAACUAGUAGUGUAAAGCCAACACUAUCAACAUCGAAAAUACCCUCUUCUACAAAAACAACAACAAAACACAGUGCCUUAGAUAUCUCAAAUUCGACAAAAAGUACACAACCUCCGCCAACUAAGAUUACAACAUCCACUAAAAUCCCACCAAAAAACGAUAUAAAAUCAACAUUACAGACUACAACAAGAAUUUCUGUUCGACCAACUCAGUCUACAAAAGAGCAACAAACUACUCAAAGUAUAGAUUCAAAAAGGAAUAUUACAACAGCUAAAACAACUACUCCAAAACCAUUGUAUUCAACUGUUUCGUCAACACAAUUCACUAGCAGUUUUAAGCCUAGCACACAUUCAACUGAAAAACCAAUAUUAGUAACAUGGAUGGUGCCUUUAGUAAACGCUAGCAAAAAUGAAACUACAGAAUCAGAAAUGCAACCUGUUAAUUGGGUUCUUCUUUCAUCUACACCAGCUGCGAACAAAUCCACAAGUUCUCCACAAACAAGUACUUCAAAAAAACCUAUUCAGGCGAUCUUGAGUACACAGUCAACUACCACUACAGCUCCCAGGACAACAGAAAAGAGUACAAAAAAAACAACAACUACCACCACCUCCAGAAGGCCAACAACGAGGAGUACAACUACCAUGAAGCCCAUUACUAAGGCCCCUACAACAGUUUCCACUACAACGAAAAAACCUUUACCAAUUAUUGAUGACACUGGAAUUCCUGUGUUACUUAUACCAGAGAAUAGUGAUUCUUCAACAACAAACCCUUUGUCAUACAGCACUGAAGAGAUAAUAGGUACAAGUACAUCUACUAGCAUUGAAAUAAAGCCACCUCAAAGCACUCAGUCAUCAUUUGUAACUUCAAAUGUGCAAAAUGUUUCUAUAUCAACACAAUCUAGCACAUUGGAAUACAAUGCUACUGAUUCGCCGUCGUCCCUAUUUGGAUCCAAUUCAACAGAUAACUUCUUCUCAUCAACAACUCCAGUGAUGCCACAAUUAGAAGGUGUCGAUUAUCGUCAAAUCUGUGGCAAACGUAUGUUCCCUGAACCCAGGAUAGUUGGUGGAGCUAAAGCCUCCUUCGGCAGAUGGCCUUGGCAAAUAAGUUUAAGACAGUGGAGAACUUCGACAUAUUUACACAAAUGCGGAGCGGCGUUAUUAAAUGAGAAUUGGGCAAUAACAGCAGCACAUUGUGUUGAUAAUGUUCCACCGUCGGAUCUUCUACUUCGCUUAGGGGAAUACGAUUUAGCAGUUGAGGAAGAACCUUAUGGAUAUCAAGAACGCCGUGUUCAAAUUGUUGCAUCUCAUCCUCAAUUCGAUCCUCGAACAUUUGAAUAUGAUUUGGCUUUACUUCGUUUUUAUGAGCCGGUUAUAUUUCAACCAAAUAUCAUUCCUGUUUGUGUACCAGAUAGCGACGAGAAUUUUAUAGGUCGAACGGCCUAUGUGACUGGCUGGGGACGAUUGUAUGAAGACGGCCCUCUACCAAGCGUUCUUCAAGAAGUUACAGUACCUGUAAUAAAAAAUGAUAUUUGCGAAGGAAUGUAUAGAGCUGCUGGCUACAUUGAACAUAUACCACACAUCUUCAUUUGUGCCGGAUGGAAAAAAGGUGGAUACGAUUCGUGUGAAGGAGAUUCUGGUGGUCCGAUGGUGAUCCAACGUCAUGACAAACGAUUUUUACUUGCAGGAGUUAUAUCAUGGGGUAUUGGUUGUGCUGAGCCAAAUCAACCAGGCGUAUACACUCGCAUUUCUGAGUUCCGAGAUUGGAUAAAUCAAAUUCUGCAAUUCUAAGAUAAAGUAGUUUUAUAUGAUUGCAAAAAAAUAUUUGGGCUACAAGCGCCUUAUGAGAAGAAAUCUUGUAUAAAUCUCUAGACUAGACCAUAUAUUUUUCCUCUCCUGGGAAUCUUUCAUGAGUCAACUUUUUUC